AUGGUGGCCACGCUGUCGUCAUGCUGUUCUCGUGGUGGUGUCACCCAGGUCCGCGUCGAGUUCAUGGACGACCAGAGCCGUUCCAUCAUCCGUAACGUCAAGGGCCCUGUCCGCGAAGACGACAUCCUCUGCCUCCUCGAGUCCGAGCGUGAGGCCCGCCGGUUGCGAUAA